UAAAUAGGUUGGCGGCGUGAAUCCUUUGCCAGUGACCGCUAUGGGAUUCCGUGAUGUAGUGAGCUUUCUGGCGCUGGCGAAUAUCGCCCUAGCGUCGGUGUACGACAAUGCUAUUGAAGGUGGAGAUAGGAUAGUGCAAGUUGCGCCCGUGUUAGCGCCCCCCAGGGACUCCAGGACGCCCGUGACGGACCGCUCCCGGCAGUUUCCGAUACUAGUGAUCCUCGCUCAGCAAAACCCACCGGAGAAGGUCAGGGAACCAGAAGCUAAGUCCUUGAAUAUCAACCAAGAACCCAUUUAUGUUAAGAAACUUGAAGAAAAAGAUGGUCGCUCCAACAGACAGAAGAGAACGUUGGGAAAACUUCUGCUAGGCCAUGGCCUAGGGGGAGGCGGAGGAGGUUUAUCAUUUGGCGGCGGUUUAUCAAUUGGAGGCGGUGGUGGCGGUUAUGGAGGCGGUUACGGGGGAGGUUACGGCGGCGGUUACGGUGGAGGAUACGGCGGAGGUUAUGGCGGUGGCCGAGGUUUCGAUGGCGGUUACGGAGGCCACGGCGGCCACGGCGGAUAUGUUACCUACGAAGAACCUCCUAAAACCGUGAUUGUGAAAGUUAUUAAAGAACAUGGUGAGUACAACGUUAAAUACAUUCCUUUUUGGCCAGUACCAAAUGAAAUGAUGUAUAAAUUGUUGAUAAAAAAAUAUUGUUACUAUAGAAAACUGAGUUUGUCAUAUUAUGUCCAAUAUUGUAUCGUAGGAUUAGUUUAGAUUUAUGUUUGAAUUAGGUUUAAAACUAUUCGCAUUGAUUAAAUCUUUUUAGAAUCCCAUGAAUAAAUGUUAGAUUCUACCCACUUACAAGCUCAACUCAAUCAGAACUCUGGAUAUUCCGUUUUGUGUGCUUGUUAGCUAUUACAAUUGUGCUAUUACAUGUGUCAAAACAAAGCUAUCUCAGCAAGCAAUUCGUUGCGUAAUAACCAAAUAUGAACACAUAUAGGUAUAUAUAUAAGGGAACCUUGUUGUAUAACUCGCGUACAUCUGCUCCUAAUCUCUUUUAUAAUUAAGAAUAGUUUUGAGAAUUGCAUAUACAUACAACAGAUUAUUUAAAAAUUAUUGCAUAAUGAUUUUUUUGGCCUUAAAAACGUGCAUUAAUUGCCAAAAUUUUCCGUUAAACUAUAAAGAAGCCUUUUGUAUUGUAUCAUAUCACAUAGUUAUCUUUACUAAAGGUCGUUUAACUUAUUCAUCAAGCAAAACACUUUACUUCGUAUACUGGGGCUUUGUGUUAACUUAGUUUAGACAGAAUGCUUGUAAUAAAAAUCAUACACAAACACAAUUAUAAUCAAGCUUAGCAUAAAACAGGUAGAGCUAGUUUGUAAAAAAAUUAAAACUUGUUCUUGAGUCUUAUUGUUGAUAACAUCGCAGUCUCAUCAUCAUUGAAAUAAAGAAAAAACAAAACUAAACUUCAACCAGAAUAAUAUUACGAUGUGUGUACAUAGGUUGUGUGAGGAUGAUUUUUGAAUUUGAUAAAUUUAUAUUCAAAUGUUUUUCAUCACAAAGCAGUAGUAUCAAAAACGAUGCUGUUUAAUUUAUCUAGAUUCGCACAUAUGCACAAAGUAAAUCCGACUAAUAUUAUAAAUGCGAAAGUUUGUAAGGAUGUGCGUGUGUUUGUUGUUCAUUUACGCAAAAACUACUGAAUCAAUUGCAAUGAAAUUUGGUACGUAGAUAGUUGGACAACUGGAUUAACAUAUAGGCAAAUUUUUAUCCCGAUAUUCGUACGGGAUACGAACUUACGUGGGUGAAACCGCGGGGCGCGACAGUAAAAUAUGAGGUUAGAAAUAGUGAUGAUAGAAUCAUACUGAUUUUGAAUAUUUCUUAUGAGUGUUAGCAACUCGGUUAACAGUUAACCAAUGAGUGUUAAACGGGAACCCUUUCUCGAUGAAUUUUAUUCAUUUUCAAAUUCAAAAAA